CUUUUGCACAGUUACUCCCCCUUGGUAAAUGAUCGUCAUAGACCAUGCACAAGGAUCCUUGGGUCUAAUAAUAAUAAUCAGGUCUAACUUUCAGCAAGGAAAUAAAAGCUGACAUGAUGGACAGUAAAGACACAUUUUGUGAGAAGUUAAUAUCACCUGAUUUGCAAAAAAGUGGUGUUCAAAGAAAUAAGAUGCUCAGCCUAUGUAAAAUGACCCAUAGAUGUUAUAUAUGUGAUAAAACAUUUACUCAACAAAGUUCCCUGAAAACACAUAUGACAAUACAUACUGGCGAGAAGAAUCAUGUAUGUAAAAUUUGUGAUAAAGCAUUUUCUCAACAAAGAUCCCUGAAAGCACAUAUGACAAUUCAUACUGGUGAGAAGAAUCAUGUAUGUAAAAUUUGUGAUAAAGCAUUUUCUCAACGAAGUAAUUUGAAAAGACAUAUGACAAUUCAUACUGGCAAGAAAGAUCAUGUAUGUAAAAUUUGUGAUAAAACAUUAACUCGACAAAGUUACCUGAAAACACAUAUGACAAUUCAUACUGGCGAGAAGAAUCAUGUAUGUAAAAUUUGUGAUAAAGCAUUUUCUCAACAACAAAAUCUUACAAUACAUAUGUCAACACAUACUGGCGAGAAGAAUCAUAUAUGUAACAUAUGUGAUAAAUCAUUUUCUCAACGAGCUUCUUUGAACAAGCAUAUGACAAUACAUACUGGCGAGAAAAAUCAUAAGUGUGGAAUAUGUGACAUAACAUUUUCUCAACGAAGUAAUUUGAUAACGCAUAUGAAAAUACAUACUGGCGAGAAAAAUCAUAAAUGUAAAAUAUGUGUUAAAGCAUUUUCUUAUCAAAGUAGUUUGAUUAGACAUAUGACAAUACAUACUGGCGAUAAGAAUCAUAAAUGUGGAAUAUGUGACAGAACAUUUUCUCAACGAUGUCAUUUGAUUACGCAUAUGACAAUACACACUGGUGAGAAGAAUCAUAAAUGUAAAACAUGUGAUAAAGCAUUUUCUCAUCUAAGUAAUUUAAUAACGCAUAUGAAAAUACAUACUGGCGAGAAAAAUCAUAAAUGUAAAAUAUGUGUUAAAGCAUUUUCUCAAAAAAUUAAUUUAAUUAGACAUAUGACAAUACACACUGGAGAGAAUUAGCAUUUAUGCAAUUUUUGUGAUAAAGCAUUUUUUAACCGGUAUUCUCUGAAAACACAUAUGGCAAUACAUACUGUAGAAAAGAGUUGUGAAAAAGUUUCAAGUGUGUGAAAAAACAUUUUCUCACCAAAGUGCAUUGAACCUUCAUAUGAAAAUACCCUAUGACGAUAUGAAGAUAUGAAACGUAAGUUUGAAGAGUGUGAUAAAACGUUUUCUCAAGAAAUUCAUUUUAUCACACUUAUGACAAUACACACUGGUGAUGAGAAACAGAAGUUUGAAGUGUGUUUAAGCGUUUUCUUAACAAAUUCAUCUUAUCACACUUCUGACAAUACUGAUAAGAUGAUUUUAUUAAAUUUAAAAAUAUAAAAACCUUUUUUUCUUAAGGUAUGCUGCAUAAAAGAAUGGGCAGAACUUUAAGUUUACUUUUCGUAAGUUAAUUUUUCACAGAGUUCUCCAAGAAAGUCUGCUCUUCAAUGAUUACAGUCAGUUCAUAAAAACGAUUGUAACAUGUGGAAAUGAAAUAUUGAUGGAGCUUAGAUAAUAUCCCGGCUACUUGUUUUAUAAUACAUGGACUCUAUAAACGACAGCGACUGAUUUGUGCCAUUGCUAUUCAUGUUAAAACCAUCCAAGACCAAAGUAUUUAAAUAGGAAUCAGCCCACAGUUAUUUGCCUUUCGUUGGCCCCAAUCAUAAAGUACAUCCGCAUAAAAGAGUGCCUGUGUUUAAUGCCAAAUAUAAAUGAAAAAUAGAACGAGUGAGAUUGGAAAAGGACAUUUUCUGACAGAGUUCAUUACAAAUAGCUGGUAAAUGUUCCUCUAAGUAACACGUGAUAUCGUGGAAAUGUUUUAACUAAUAUGAAGUGAACUUUAGAUCUGGUCAUGCAGAUAAUAUUUUGUUUUUACAUUUUAUAUUAAUUUUAGUUUAUGGUAAAUAUAUUGUCCAAAAAUG